UUCUUCAACAACUGCAGCCACCUCGGUAGCUCGCCAGACAACAAAGUCGGAACAUUCAAGUUCUUUAGACAAUUUCCUGGUUUAAUUUGCAACUAUGUUUUAAACAUACUUCUGUGUGAAAGAACUAGUUAUCCCAUUUAAUUUCGUAUUGACGUUGUUGCUGUUAGCUGUCUGGUUAAGUUAACACUAGUCUAGUUGCUAAUGCUAAUGAGCUAACAUCCCCGACCAUGAGUUUACUAAGCUACACUGAGAAUUGCUUGACGGAGAAAGGAAAUCUCAUGGAAGAGGAGAUUGUUACCGUCAAGAAAGAAGUAGAAGGUGAGGCUGUUACAGUGAAAGAAGAAGGGGAAGAGGCUUUCAGCGUGAAAGAGGAGGAGGAUGUUACAGUGAAGGAAGAGGAAGAUACAGUUUUUGUAAUGAAGGAGGAGGAUGGGGAGAUGACGGUCACAGUGAAAGAGGAGGAAGACGUUUUUGGAGUGAAGGUGGAAGAGGAGGGGGAGAUUACUGUCACAUUAGAGGAGGACGAAGAAGAAGAACAGAAGAAUGGAGAACUGAUUAACACCAGAAAGAGACCAGCCUCUCACUCUGACAGACGGAUGAGGCCUUCAGGGGAACCAGACCCAGAGACUCCCAAACCAGCGAGACGACAUCACUGCUCCCUGUGUAAUAUGAGUUUUAAGUGGUCAUGGAAGCUGAAAGAGCAUAAAAGGACACACGUAGGAGAAAAGCCAUUCCAAUGCUCCCAGUGUGGAAAGAGUUUUACUUUGUUAGGGAGCCUGAACAAACAUAAGAGAAUACACACAGGAGAAAAGCCUUAUCACUGCUCCCAAUGUGGAAAUAGUUUUAUGUGGUUAGGGAGCCUGAACAAACAUAAGCGAAUACACUCGGGAGAGAAGCCUUUCUCCUGUUCCCAUUGUGGAAAGAAUUUUAGGUUGUUAGAUACCCUGAAGGAGCACGAGAGGACACACACAGGGGAAAAACCUUACCAUUGCUCCCAGUGUGGAAAUAGUUUUUCCCAGUUAGGGAACCUAAACAAACACAAACAAAUACACUCUGGAGAGAAGCCGUACCCCUGUUCCCAUUGUGGAAAGAAUUUUAGGUUGUUAGAUAAUCUGAAAGAGCAUGAGAGAACACACACAGGGGAGAAACCUUACCAAUGCUCCCAGUGUGGAAAGGAUUUUUCCCAGUUAGGGAACCUAAAAAAGCAUGAGAUAAUCCACUCUAGAGAUAAGCCUUACCACUGCGCCCAUUGUGAAAAGAGAUUUACCCAGUUAGGGAGCCUGAACAAACAUAAGAGAAUACACUCUGGAGAGAAGCCUUACCCCUGUUCCCAUUGUGGAAAGAAUUUUAGGUUAUUAGAUAAUCUGAAGGAGCAUGAGAGGACACACACAGGGGAGAAACCUUACCAUUGCGCCCAGUGUGGAAAGGAUUUUACCAAGUUAGGGAACCUAAAAGAGCAUGAGAGGACACACACAGGGGAGAAGCCUUAUCACUGCUCCCAUUGUGGAAAGAGUUUUAUCCAGCUAGGGAACCUGAAUAAACAUAAGAGAAUACACUCUGGAGAGAAGCCUUACCCCUGUUCCCAGUGUGGAAAGAGUUUUACCCAGUUGGGGAACUUAAACAAACAUAAGAGAAUACACUCAGAGAAACCUUAACAUUGUUCCAAGUUAGGGAGCUUGAAAAGGCAUGAGAACAUAAACACAGUUUGGAUAGAGUUUGGAUAGAGUGGGUCCUUCUGUAGCUCAGUUGGUAGAGCAUGGCGCUUGUAACGCCAGGGUAGUGGGUUCGAUUCCCGGGACCACCCAUACGUAGAAUGUAUGAACACAUGACUGUAAGUCGCUUUGGAUAAAAGCGUCUGCUAAAUGGCAUAUUAUUAUUAUUAUUAUAUUAGAGUCUUAGUUUGGGAACCUAAUUGUGGAAAGACAUUUUCCCGGACAGAGAAUCUGAAAUCACAUGAGUGCAUAGACUAGGCUAGUGUUCUGACUAAUGUUUUUGAGUGUUGUUUUUAUCAACCCCCCCCCAAAAAAAAAUAGUCCUACUUUAGUUUUUUCCUCUUGAGACAUGAUUACAAUUACACUAAAGUUACAAUUUAAAAUGUGUAUUUUAUUUUGAUUUGGGAUUGAUUGAAUAGAAAUAUGAACCCUCAGAUGUUAAUGAUAUGAUUUGGAAAGUUGUCAAAUGAGACUGCAAUACUGCCAUCUGUAGGAUGAUAAUGGUCUGCAAUACUGCCAUCUGUAGGAUGAUAAUGGGACUGCAAUACUGCCAUCUGUAGGAUGAUAAUGGGACUGCAAUACUGCCAUCUGUAGGAUGAUAAUGGGACUGCAAUACUGCCAUUUGUUGGAUGAUAAUGGGACUGCAAUACUGCCAUCUGUUGGAUGAUAAUGGGACUGCAAUACUGCCAUCUGUAGGAUGAUAAUGGGACUGCAAUACUGCCAUCUGUAGGAUGAUAAUGGGACUGCAAUACUGCCAUCUGUUGGAUGAUAAUGGGACUGCAAUACUGCCAUCUGUAGGAUGAUAAUGGGACUGCAAUACUGCCAUCUGUUGGAUGAUAAUGGGACUGCAAUACUGCCAUCUGUAGGAUGAUAAUGGGACUGCAAUACUGCCAUCUGUAGGAUGAUAAUGGGACUGCAAUACUGCCAUCUGUAGGAUGAUAAUGGGACUGCAAUACUGCCAUCUGUUGGAUGAUAAUGGGACUGCAAUACUGCCAUCUGUUGGAUGAUAAUGGGACUGCAAUACUGCCAUCUGUAGGAUGAUAAUGGUACUGCAAUACUGCCAUCUGUUGGAUGAUAAUGGGACUGCAAUACUGCCAUCUGUUGGAUGAUAAUGAGAGUUAAACCUGUAAACAUAUUCUAAACAUUGGGUUUUAGGCUGGGUUUCUGUACAGCAUUUUGAGAUAUCAGCUGAUGUAAGAAUAUAUUUAUAAAUAAAUACAUUUGAUUUGAUUUGGUUCUUUCCACAUUAUGGAUAUUAAGGCCAUAUCAACGUUGUCGGUCCUACAUUUAGGUGUUCCCGUAUUAUAGUCUAUUCAAUAUGGAUAUUAGGCAAAAGCACUGUGUUUGUGUUUAAGGCUGAAGAAAGAGGUAGAUUCCUUAUUCAAUUCACUCUUCAGUAAAUUUAGGAUUUUAAUUUCCUGAUCAGCAUUUUGUGUGCCGGAGAACCUGUUUUUGAAAAUGGAAACGGUUGCUUAUGUUUGUAUUUCUUAAUUCUAAACCUUCAUGAAUUUAGUAUUUUGGUUUCAGUGAGUUCAUUUGUGCACCGGGGCUCUAUUCAGUCUGUACAGCUGAAGUGUUACAUUGAGUUCAUUUGUGCACCGGGGCUCUAUUCAGUCUGUACAGCUGAAGUGUUACAUUGAGUUCAUUUGUGCACCGGGUCUCUAUUCAGUCUGUACAGCUGAAGCGUUACAUUGAGUUCAUUUGUGCACCGGGGCUCUAUUCAGCCUGUACAGCUGAAGUGUUACAUUGAGUUCAUUUGUGCACCGGGGCUCUAUUCAGUCUGUACAGCUGAAGUGUUACAUUGAGUUAAUUUGUGCACCAGGGCUCUAUUCAGUCUGUACAGCUGAAGUGUUACAUUGAGUUCAUUUGUGCACCGGGUCUCUAUUCAGUCUGUACAGCUGAAGCGUUACAUUGAGUUCAUUUGUGCACCGGGGCUCUAUUCAGUCUGUACAGCUGAAGUGUUACAUUGAGUUCAUUUGUGCACCGGGUCUCUAUUCAGUCUGUACAGCUGAAGUGUUACAUUGGGUUCAUUUGUGCACCGGGUCUCUAUUCAGUCUGUACAGCUGAAGCGUUACAUUGAGUUCAUUUGUGCACCGGGGCUCUAUUCAGUCUGUACAGCUGAAGUGUUACAUUGAGUUCAUUUGUGCACCGGGUCUCUAUUCAGUCUGUACAGCUGAAGCGUUACAUUGAGUUCAUUUGUGCCCCGGGGCUCUAUUCAGCCUGUACAGCUGAAGCGUUACAUUGAGUUCAUUUGUGCACCGGGGCUCUAUUCAGUCUGUACAGCUGAAGUGUUACAUUGAGUUCAUUUGUGCA